AUGUCGCACGACGUGGACAUGGAUGCAGACGAGCCUCAACACCCAUGGCUGGACUCGGUCGAGGGCGAGAUCUCGUUCUUCCGCGCGCUCACCCGCGCGCGCCCGGUGGGCAUCCACCGGCACUUCCACGUCCUCACCAUGAGCAACGCGAUCCGGCGCGACACCGGCCAGAGCGUGAGCGUCGAGGAGCUCUGGGCGAAGCUGCACGCGUGUUACGACCUCGACAUCCUCGAGAACAUCGAAGCAGACGGCUUCGACGUCCCCGGCGACGGCGUCAGCGCCGGCACGCCCCCGCUCCCCCUCCGCUCCCCGUCGCCCUCCGAGAACCUCUCCCGGCACCCGUUCUUCCGCGCCGAGUUCGCCCUCCCCUCCGAUGACGCCAUCGACGCGCUCAUCGUGUCGCGCCGCACCCGUGCCACCGCGUCCCUGCCAUCGUCGUCCCCGGCGCCUUCCCCCGUGGCGCACGCGAAGGCGGGGCGCGGCGGCCGCAAGGGCAAAAGCAAGCUCAAGGUCACCGCGGGGCUCGUCGGCGGAGAGAGCGAUAGCAGUGCGCUCACGCAGGAGAGCGGCGAUGAGAGCGUCAUGCCCACCCCAAGGGAGAGCAACGCCACGGGCACAGAUGGUGGCGAGGACUUUGAGGAAGAAGAGGACGCGAGGCAGUCUCCUGCAGCUUCCAUUGCGGCCAAGCAGUCCACACGCGGUCGAGGCAAAGGCACACGUGGGCGAGGCGGACGAGGACGUGGCGGAGGAGCAGGCACUCGAGGGAAGAAGAAAAAGAAGUAG